AUGACUUUGAACAAGAGACUAGACGAUUUUCCUUUCCAUGCGGCUACAGUGGACAUCGUGACCACGACGCCUCCCCACAUCGCUUCUUCUAACCCUCGGUACACUUCAGGCUACUCCUACCAUUUGUCCCCAAACGUCACUGCCGAUUCUCUCCCAACCACCAUACCGGAUCCGCCUUCGCAAUCCACCCACGACCGACCUUUCUUCAACGUUGCUGCACUGCGUUCAGAGGCUGCGUUCGAAGAGUGGCCUGCGGAAGUUGGCCGGUAUGGACUGAGUGCUGCCUCUAGCAAUAUCACUACUGCAACUGCUUUUCAGACACGACAACAUUUCUACGCCGAUCAGUCCUCCCAGCGCCUGUCUGCCGGCCCUGGCUCAUCCUCUCCACCAGUGCCGCCGCUGCAGAGGAACAAUACGAGAACACAUGGAAAACGGGUCCUGAGUGAAGUGGCACCAAUUCACGAUCGCUCGGCCCGGCCACCUGCAAAGAAGCCUCGCACUGGCCUGCCUCCACCGUCCAAGAUUGACCUCAGCGAAUUUAAAACACCGCCUCUUCCCCAGAAGCCUGCCGUCACGUCGCCACUAUUCUUCUCCCACAAAGCGAGACCUCCCUUGGUGCGGCUCCCACGCUUCUCGAGUUCCGAGGCUGCGGGAACAAUGUUGAGAAGCGUCAAAGACCCCUCGGCAGCAGACGUGACUACCCUCAAACUUGCAAGAGGCACAGUCAGUUCCGCCAGUCCAGCAAGAUCUUCGAGUACCCCAGGUAGCGGCAGUUGGACCUCUCUUGAAGCAUCUGGCUUUACGAGAAGCCCAGAUCUUCUCGGAGGUCCUCCGGGACUUCAAUUUCUUCAAGGAAUUGGUAUACUGGAGUUACUCGAGAGGGACGACAGACCGACGUUUGUUAUAGAUGGCACAAAUGUAGCAAAUUCGAACCCUGGGCCAUUUGUCAUCCUAUACGCAAAUCCUGCGCUUCAAGCUUCGGGCUGCAUGCGACAUGUACUCUUUUCCGAGCUGCAGGACGAAGACGCGAAACUUGAUUUUGCCGCUUUCAAGGCCUGGGUCAAGAGCCCCGGCGAUCCCCAAGGCGGAUUGGACUUGUUCUUGCCCUCCUUCCAUUAUGCCGGAAGCGAUUGGACUUGCUCCGUUAUCAGAAAUCGAUUCCGGUUUGUCAGCGCCAACAGAAGUGCUGUUUCCAUAGCCCGAUCCUCACCAGAGCCACAAUUGGAGAGAGAGACGAGUGUUGACUCGCGGGUCCGCGUACAAACUCCCAGCGCGCAACCAAGGACGCCCAGCGAUAUAUUGAUCCCGGAUGCGCCCGACUAUUUUGGCAGUGCGACGGCGGCAACUGCAGAUACAUCUGGGGCGACCUUGGCCAAUGAUGCGGUUGAUCGGCUGUUUCUUGGUCGCUCCAGCGAUUUUCUUCCAGAGCAUAACUCGAUACCGUCCGAGCAGGCAUCUUUCGAUUGGACACGUAUUCCCCUAACCCCAGAUCUCCCAGAACAUAUCCAAUUCGCGCGGUCCAGAGAUUGGGCGUCGACACCAUUGGGCCCUAUAGAGCACUGGUCAGCAGACCUGCGCGCCAUGGCUAACAUGGUUAUGGGCAGUCCGCACCCGGCUGCAAUGUAUUGGGGCCCUGAGCACAUCGCUAUUUACAAUGAAGCUUAUGUGCCUUUGGCGGGUCAAAAACAUCCAUCCUUGAUGGGACAAAGCUACAAGAUAGCUUGGAAAGAAAUUUGGCCUGAGAUUGAGCCCAUUUUCGAAAGCGCUACACAAUCUGGACAGGCCACUAUGAAGAAUGAUCAUCGACUGAUAGUUAACCGACAUGGCUUCGAUGAGGAGACCUUCUUUUCGUGGUCCAUUGUUCCUUUGGUCGGUGAAAAUGGCUCCGUUGUGGGACUUUACAACCCUGCAUUUGAGAACACACGACGCAAAGUUGCAGAGAGGCGCAUGCUUACGCUAAGAGAUGUUGGCGAGAAGACGGCAACGGCAAAGGAUGUGACGAGCUUCUGGUCACAAGUUCAGAAAGGUCUCGAAUUCAACGAAGAUGACAUCCCAUUUGCCUUGGUAUAUUCUGUCUCCGAAGACUCCGAGAGCGACAUGUCCUCGAUGCACUCGGGUAGCUUGUCGAAUCCGCCUCAGCUGGUACUGGAAGCUUCCCUUGGCAUACCUGAAGGGCACGCCCGACUCGUCACACCACUUGACCUAAGAACUAGCACAGAUGGAUUUGCUCCAUAUAUGAGAGAUUCGAUGGCUAAAGCAGGCGUGCCAAUUGUGUUGUCGAAAGAGGAUGGCACGCUUGAGGGGGACCUUAUGGACGGUUUCACCUUUAGAGGCGCAGUCACAUUCUGUCGAUCGAUUGUUAUUUUCCCUAUACACCCGACGACGGGCGGUGAAAGUGUCGUGGGCUUCCUUGUAAUGGGUCUGAAUCCUCGGAGACCUUUUGAUGACGAUUACCAACUCUUUAUUCAUCUCUUAUCCAGGCAGCUUGCGACGUCAAUGGCAUCAGUAGUUCUUUUCGAGGAGGAGAUUAAACGAGGACAAAGAGCCGCUCGCCUAGCUGCACUGGACCGCCAAGAACUGACCCAGCAACUUCAUCUCAGGACUCAGGAGGUAGAAGAAAGCGAGUUGAAAUUUACGCGAAUGGCAGAGUUCGCGCCGGUUGCCAUGUUCAUUGCGGACCGCGAUGGCCUGAUCACAUACUGUAACGAUAUGUGGUACGCAAUUGCGCAAAGACCUAGAGACGACUAUUUUAUUGACUCAUGGAUGGAUGAGGUCAAUGAUGAGGAUCGUCCUGCGCUGGAGGAAGCAUGGCAGCAGCUAACCAAGCAGAAAGAGGCCAUCACCGUCGAGUUCCGCUUCAAGCAAGCUCGCGAAGAGAGCGGUAAUGUCAUUGACAACUGGGUUUUGAUGAGCGCAUACCCCGAAAAGUUUCCAGACGGCAGUGUCAAAGAAAUCUUUGGCUGUAUGACGAAUAUUUCUCAGCAGAAGCUAGCGGAACAGAUCCAGGAUCAGCGUCGCCAGGAGGCCGUUGAACUCAAGCGACAACAGGAGAAUUUUAUCGAUAUUACUAGCCACGAGAUGCGGAAUCCACUGAGCGCUAUUCUCCAGUGUGCAGACGAGAUCUCGGCGCUUCUAGGCACUUACCGGUCCAAGACUGAAUUCAACCGAGAAGCUGACAAUCUCAAGGCAGCCCUCGAGGCAUGUCUCGAAGCUGCCAACACCAUUACACUUUGCGCAAGUCACCAAAAGAGAAUCGUUGACGAUGUACUCACACUAUCGAAACUCGAUUCUCAGUUGUUGCUCGUCACGCCGGUCGAUGUGCAGCCCGUGGCUGUUGUGCAGCGAGUACUCAAGAUGUUUGAAGGUGAACUAAAUGCAAAUGGCAUCGAAAUGAAAUUUCAAGUCAAAAAUCGCUUCAUCGAUAUGGGAGUGGACUGGGUCAAGCUCGAUCCGUCCCGCCUGCUCCAGGUUCUGAUCAAUCUGAUGACAAAUGCAAUCAAAUUCACCAACUCCCGCGCAGAACGAAAGAUCAUUGUUACGUUGGACGCGUCGAAACACAUUGUGGAGCGGACGGAUUCCCACAUUUCUUUCUUCCCCAGCGACCGCCCAGAGACUGGCGAAAUCACGGACAAACCGGAUUGGGGUCUGGGCGAAAAGUUGAAUCUGCACUUCUCUGUUCAGGAUACUGGUCGGGGUUUGGACGAGCACGAAAAGACGCUUUUAUUCCAGCGAUUCUCCCAGGCCUCCCCCCGUACCCAUGUGCAGUAUGGAGGUUCGGGCUUGGGCUUGUUCAUAUCUCGCAUCCUAACAGAGCUUCAAGGUGGUCAGAUCGGAGUAGACUCUCAGAAGGGUGUCGGCAGUACCUUCUCCUUUUAUGUACAAAGUCGCAGGGCUAAGGGCCACAAGGAUGAGACAGUGUCAGUUGCUCCACCCCUGACCCGAGCGCCAGGGUCUUCAACAACGAUAGAAAGUCGUCAGCCUCAGCCUCUCCCUGGAGUUGCAAGUACAAAAGUCUCGGCGAUACCCAAAGCACCGACAAGUCCAGGAAAGCGUGUCUUUGACUUUCUGAUUGUCGAGGACAAUCUGGUCAACCAGAAGGUACUGCAAAGGCAGCUGAAAAAUAGCGGCAACAACACUCAAGUCGCAAACCAUGGAGGUGAAGCUAUCGAGCUAUUGAAAAAGUCUCGGUAUUGGCGAGGUCAAGAGCAAACCGGCUCUGAAAUUUCCAUCAUACUGAUGGACCUCGAAAUGCCUGUCAUGGAUGGAAUGACAUGCACGCGGAAGAUACGAGAGCUGGAACAGCAAGGUGCCAUCGUCAGCCACAUCCCCAUUAUUGCAGUGACAGCAUAUGCACGGCCGGAGCAGAUUGAGGAUGCCAAGGCCGCAGGAGUUGACGAUGUGAUAUCCAAACCGUUCCGCAUUCCGGAUCUUAUUCCACGAGUUCAGGAACUCGUAGAUAAAACCCUUGCGAGCGCUAAUCGCAUGAUCACGACAUGA